AUGAUUGGAUGUGUGUAUGUUUAUUUAUUAUUAUCUUCUCUAUUAUAGUUUUACAGAUUUUAAUUUGAUGAAUCACUUGCUUUUAUUAACUACACACUCUUUUCUAUAACCUUUUUAUUCACUAUAAUAUAUCCAAUAAUGUUAACAAUUUUCAUAAAAAAUUGCAAAAACUUAAAUGACCCAUAAAUUCAAAUGUAAUUUGGAUCAAUUAUAGGAGGUUUAGUGAUACCUUAAAAUGAUCAAAAUUCUAAAUAAUAGAAUAAAAAGUAAGAAAAUAAAAUAAACGAAUCUAAUCUAAAGACUUCAAAUGAAAAAAAAUUUUUAUAAAAAAUUGAGCAUGAAAAAGUAACCAGAUAAAAAUAGUUACAGUAUAAGUGGAGUAGAUAUACCAAUGUAAUUAUUUAUGCUAGAAAAAUUAUUUACAUGAUGGUUUUAUUGUAUUUUUAUGGAUAAGUAUACUUUUAAAUGGUUAUUAUUAAUUCUAUGAAUAUUUUCCUAUCAAUUUAUUAUCUAUACAUUAAGCCUUAAGAAGAAAAAUCUGCUAAUAUAAAAAAUGGAAUAAGUGAGGUGUUACUAGUAAUAAUGCAGGUUACAAUUUGCUUCUUAGUUAAAGAUGAUGAAAGUUAAAGAGAGGAAAAUAGAUUUAACAUAGGAUGGAUUAUAGUUGGUAGUGCAUCUUUAAUUUUAAGUAUACAUAUUUUUAGUGUUGUUGUAGAUCUAUUAAAAGGUAUUUAUAAUCUUGUUAAAGAUUUUAUUUGCACACUCAUAAAACCAAAAGCCGAGAUUGAAAAGUUAAAAUAAGAAAAACUCGCAGAGGAAUAGAAUAAAUAAAAUAAAUUUUUCAUACUAACUUCUUAAAUUUCGGUUGAUAAAUUAAGAUUUAUGAAGAAGAAAUUAAGUCUAGUUCCUUAGUCAUAAUUAGAUAUAUCUAUGGUAUCAAUAUAAAGACAUUAAAUUAAAUAAAAAUAAAUAUUAGUUUAGCCUAAAAAUAAUGAAAGCAACCAUAUCAUAGAACUACAUAAGCAAUCAGAAAAUUGUGACUUGUUAAAUAAACAUACCAUUAAAGACGAAGAAAACUAAAUAAAAAAAAUGAAUAUAAAAUUCAUUUAUACACAAUAACAUAAAUAAUUAGACUAUAAAUAGAAUACUAUUUUCAGCAUCAAAAUCUAUUAAUAUAUCAAAUAAUUAUAUACUAGCUUCUAAAAAUUGAUCAUAAAAUUUUUAAAAAUAAAAUAAGUAAUUUUCUCAAUUAAUUUAUUAUAAAUUCGAUAUUAACAGAUUUUUUUUAUAAAGUAACUCAUUUAUUUCAAAAUAUGA